AUGCACUGGAACAAGAACAUCAUCGCCCUCAAAGCCCAAGGCAAGACCAUCCAGGUCUUUGACCUCCAAGCAAAGCAGAAACUCAAGUCCGCGGUGAUGACUGAAGAUGUCGUGUUUUGGAAGUGGUACAGUGAGACAAGCAUUGGCUUGGUCACUGAAUCUUCGGUUUACCACUGGAAUGUCUUUGACGCCACCCAGCACGCGCCCCUUAAGAUGUUCGACAGGAUUACGAACCUGGCGAACUGCCAAAUCAUAAGCUACCGAGUUAAUGAGGAGGAGAAAUGGAUGGUAGUCGUUGGUAUCAGCCAACAGCAAGGGCGAAUAGUAGGAACAAUGCAGCUGCACUCGGUUGAGCGAGGUAUAUCGCAACAUAUUGAAGGUCACGCUGCGGCCUUUGCUACUAUCAAGGUCGACGGAUCGCCCUUGCCACACAAGCUCUUCACCUUCGCCGUGAGGACCGCAACUGGUGCUAAGCUACAGAUUGCGGAAAUCGACCACCAAGAGCCUAACCCUAAGUUCCAGAAGAAGGCCGUCGAGGUAUACUUCCCACAGGAGGCCACCAACGAUUUCCCAGUUGCUAUGCAGGUCUCUGAGAAAUACGAUGUCGUCUAUCUCGUCACCAAGUUCGGAUUUAUCCACCUCUACGAUCUUGAGACCGGCACCUGUAUCUUCAUGAACAGAAUUUCCAGCGAAACCAUCUUUGUGACCACACCAAACACCGAGUCUACCGGUAUUGUUGGUGUCAACCGCAAGGGCCAGGUGCUCUCAGUCAGCGUGGACGAGAGCACCAUCAUCCCAUACCUCCUUGAAAACCCAGCAAACACGUCUCUGGCAGUCAAACUUGCAUCCAAAGCCGGCCUUCCAGGUGCAGAUAAUCUCCUCCAAAGACAAUUUGAGCAGCUACUUUCUCAAGGAAACUAUGGCGAGGCUGCCAAAAUUGCUGCCAACUCGCCUCGCGGGUUCUUGCGAACUACAGACACCAUCAACCGCCUCAAGGCUGUCUCCCAGACGGGCCAGGGCAUGUCUGUCAUUCUCCAAUACUUUGGAAUGUUACUAGAUAAGGGGUCCCUGAAUGUAUACGAGAGUGUUGAACUUACCCGACCUGUGCUGCAACAAAACCGAAAACAUCUCCUUGAGAAGUGGCUCAGCGAAGACAAGCUGGAAUGCUCCGAAGAGUUGGGUGAUAUUCUCUUACAACAUAUUGUCCGAGUCAACCCUGAGAAGUGUGCUGAAUUCGCUGGACAACUUGCCAAUGAUGACAGCGGUGCCCUUGUUGAUCUUGACCGAGUUGUCGAUGUCUUCGUCUCGCAAAACAUGAUUCAACAGGCUACUGCGUUCUUGUUGGAUGCCCUUAAGGAUAACAAGCCAGAGCAUGCCAAACUUCAAACCAGACUUUUGGAAAUGAACCUCGUCAACGCGCCCCAGGUUGCUGAUGCCAUUCUCGGUAACGAGAUGUUCACCCAUUACGACAGGGCUAGAAUCUCGCAACUUUGUGAGAACGCAGGACUCUUCCAACGUGCUCUUGAAAACACCGACGACUCUGCUGUGAUCAUGCGGAACAUCGUCCGUACUGACAAGUUGAGCCCUGAAUGGCUGAUGGAGUUCUUCGGCCGCCUUUCUGUUGAGCAGUCCUUGGAAUGCCUGAACGAGAUGCUUCAAUCUAACCUUCGCCAAAACCUCCAAGCAGUUGUUCAGAUCGCCACCAAGUUCUCUGAUCUAUUGGGCCCUACUAACCUCAUCCAACUACUCGAGAAGUAUCGCACCGCUGAGGGUCUCUACUACUACCUUGGUAGCAUCGUGAACCUGAGUGAAGAUGCUGAUGUUCACUUCAAAUACAUCGAGGCCGCUACCCGUAUGGGCCAGAUGACCGAAGUGGAGCGUAUCUGCCGUGACAGCAACCACUACAACCCCGAGAAAGUCAAGAAUUUCCUCAAGGAGGCCAAGCUUACUGAGCAGUUGCCUUUGAUCACCGUCUGCGAUCGAUUUAACUUUGUUCACGACCUUGUUCUGUACCUCUACCAGAACCAGCAGUAUUCCUCCAUCGAGGUUUACGUGCAGAGGGUGAACCCAUCCAGAACCCCUGCCGUUGUCGGUGGGCUCCUUGAUGUUGACUGUGAUGAGUCCAUUAUCAAGAACCUCCUUACCACUGUUGACCCAGCCUCCAUCCCUAUUGAUGAGCUUGUUGGCGAGGUUGAGAAGAGGAACCGAUUGAAGAUUCUUCUCCCCUUCCUUGAGAAUACACUCAGCACCGGCAACCAGCAGCAGGCGGUCUACAAUGCUCUGGCCAAGAUCUACAUUGACAGCAACAACAACCCCGAGAAAUUCCUCAAGGAGAACGACCUUUACGAUACUCUCACUGUCGGAAAGUACUGCGAGAAACGUGAUCCUAACCUUGCCUACAUUGCAUACCGCAAGGGUCAGAAUGACCUUGAGCUCAUCAACAUCACCAACGAGAACUCGAUGUAUCGUGCUCAAGCCAGAUAUCUGCUUGAGCGAGCCGACAGUGAGAUCUGGGCUUUCGUCUUGAAUGGAAACAACAUUCAUCGACGAUCCCUUGUUGACCAGGUUAUCGCCACUGCAGUUCCAGAGUCGUCUGAGCCCGACAAGGUGUCUGUAGCAGUCAAGGCAUUCCUUGAAGCUGAUCUCCCAACUGAGCUUAUUGAACUCUUAGAGAAGAUCAUCUUGGAGCCAUCUCCAUUCAGCGAUAACAGCAGCUUGCAGAACUUGUUGAUGCUGACUGCGGCCAAGGCUGACAAGAGUAAGUUGAUGGAUUACAUCCAUAAACUUACCGAGUUCAACGCCGAUGAGAUUGCGGGCAUGUGUCUGUCUGUUGGCCUGUACGAGGAGGCAUUCGAGAUCUACAAGAAGGUUGAGAACCACCCAGCUGCCACCAACGUCCUUGUCGAACAUAUUGUCAGCAUCGACCGCGCACAAGAUUAUGCUGAACGUGUUGAGCUUCCCGAGGUAUGGAGCAAGGUCGCCAAGGCUCAAUUGGACGGUCUUCGCAUUUCCGACUCUAUUGCUUCCUAUAUCCGUGCCGGUGAUCCUUCGAACUACAACGAGGUUAUUGAAACCGCAACUCACGCCGGCAAGGAUGAGGACCUGGUUGAGUACCUCAAGAUGGCUCGCAAGACGCUCCGAGAGCCUGCUGUGGAUACUGCCAUGGCUUUCAGCUUUGCCAGACUCGAUAAGCUUUCCGAACUUGACGACUUCCUUCGCGGAAUCAACGUUGCUGAUGUCGAAGCAUCUGGUGACAAAGCAUACGCCGAAGGCUACCACCAGGCUGCUAAGAUUUUCUUUACCAGCAUUUCCAACUGGGCGAAACUUGCUACUACUCUUGUCCACCUCGAGGAUUACCAAGCUGCUGUUGAGUGUGCUCGUAAGGGCAAUAGCGUCAAGGUCUGGAAAGAAGUCAACGCUGCCUGUGUUGCUAAGAAGGAAUUCCGCCUUGCUCAGAUUUGCGGUUUGAACCUCAUUGUGCAUGCAGAGGAGUUGCAAGACUUGGUCCGCCAGUAUGAGCGCAAUGGCUACUUUGACGAGCUCAUUGCUUUGCUCGAGGCUGGUCUUGGCCUUGAGAGAGCCCAUAUGGGCAUGUUCACUGAACUAGGCAUUGCUCUGUCGAAAUACCACCCCGACCGCGUGAUGGAACAUCUCAAGCUGUUCUGGACCCGAAUCAAUAUCCCCAAGAUGAUCCGUGCGUGCGAGGAUGCCAACCUCUGGCCGGAGCUUGUAUUCCUGUACUGCCACUACGACGAAUGGGACAACGCUGCUCUGGCAAUGAUGGAGCGUGCCGCCGACUCAUGGGAGCACCACUCUUUCAAGGACAUCGUCGUCAAAGUUGCCAAUCUCGAGAUCUACUACCGCGCUUUGAACUUUUACCUACAAGAGCAGCCACUUUUGUUGACUGAUCUGCUCCAAGUCCUCACUGCCCGUAUCGACGUCAACCGAGUUGUCCGCAUGUUUGAGAAAUCGGACAACAUCCCGCUGAUCAAGCCGUUCCUACUUAACGUGCAGCCACAGAACAAGCGUGCUGUUAAUAAUGCCAUUAACGACCUCUUGAUCGAGGAGGAAGACCACAAGACGCUCCGUGACUCGGUUGAGAACCAUGACAACUAUGACCCUGUCGAGCUGGCACAGAGGCUGGAGAAGCAUGAGCUUGUGUUCUUCAGACAGAUUGCUGCCAACAUCUACCGCAAGAACAAGAGAUGGGAGAAGUCUAUUGCGCUAUCCAAGCAGGAUAAGCUGUUCAAGGAUGCUAUUGAGACUGCAGCUAUUUCCGGAAAGCCCGAGGUUGUCGAGGAGUUGUUGCGCUACUUCGUCGACAUUGGCAGCCGCGAAUGCUACGUUGGCAUGCUUUACGCCUGCUACGAGCUCAUCCGCCCUGACGUGGUUCUGGAGAUGUCCUGGCGCCACGGCCUACACGACUUCACGAUGCCAUACAUGAUCAACAUGCUCAGUCAGCAAGUCCAGACCAUCGAGAUGUUGAAGAAGGAUAACGAGGAGCGCAAGGCCAAGGAAGCCACACAGCAGAAGGAAGAAGACAACACGCCUAUUCUGGGCGGAUCGAGGCUGAUGUUGACUCAAGGUCCCAGCGGUUCGAUGGGAGGAGGAGCGCCCUCGAUGUUCGGUGGACAGACGAAUGGAAUAACGCCUCAGCCUACUGGGUUCCGACCUUUCUAA